AGGAGAAUCAUUUCGAUCAUUGGCGUUUUAGUUUAGAAUAUGCCAUUCGUGGAUUAGUGUAAUAAUAAGGCAGGUUGCUGAAUCCAUUGUUGCAAGAAUGCUUACUUUGGUAAUGCCACAACCAACAGAGGAAAUGUUCAAAACCAUCUCUACGAAAUUUAGAUCUCUUUGGGAUUUUCCGAACUGUGUUGGAGCAAUUGAUGGUAAGCACAUUCGGAUAAAGGCUCCAAAAAAUAGUGGAUCUACUUUCUUCAACUACAAGGACUUUCAUUCUGUAGUGAUGUUGGCACUUGUAGAUGCAGAUAAUAAAUUUGUUGCAGUAGACAUAGGAUCGUACGGCAGAGAAGGAGAUGCAGGCAUAUAUUUAAAAAGUAGAGUUGGAAAAAAAAUUCUGAAAAAAGAAUUUAAUAUUCCACCGCCACAACAAUUGCCUGGCAUGAAUAUGCUGGUGCCCCAUGUUAUUCUCGGCGAUGAGGCAUUUGCUCUUCAUGAGCAUCUCAUUAAACCAUAUCCACGAAAUCAAUCAGUAAUUCAGUAAUCAGUAUAUCAAUCAGUUCUGAUAAAACUAAAGCAAUCUAUAAUUACCGACUUUCCCGAGCUCGCAGGACAACUGAAAAUACCUUUGGCAUUCCUCGUGCAUUUUUUCGGAUAUUUUUUCAGCCAAUUGCUACGCGUCCGGAAACCACGGAUAAACAAUGUGUGCCUGUAUUUUAUAUAAUCUUCUGCGAGAAGCAAAUAUUCUUCCGACAGUGACUAAUAGGACAGAGAAAUACUCACUUCCUACAGAAAAUUUACUUCCACUAAUUCACAACAACAUACGCGGGGCAAAUAUACCAGUUCAAAUUCGUGAGACAUUUAAAACGUA